AAAUUAACUGUCGAAACAAUAAGCGCGGGAAAAUAGAAGGGGCAGGUUACCUUUAGGGUUCUUUUGAUACUCGUUACCAGUUCAAUCGAGCAAUGGCGAGAAGCAACAGUGGAAUUUCAGGCACAAUUGACCUUACCGGCAAUCUUCCGCCGGAGAAGGUGGUGGAACUCACCGGAAAAGUGCACCAGCUGCCGUGCUGUAUCAAGUUCAAUGGUCCAUCUGAUGUUUCACAGUACUUCAAACCCAAACCUACCGGUGUAAUUGUUGAUGGAUUAAAUGUGGAGGAAUCUCAUUUUAGAGGAAGGAAGCUUCAGGGUACUACUGUUGCAAUUCCUCAUGGCUAUUCUGGGUUUGUCUUGGGAAAGAAAAUGCCUGUUGAGAAAAGGAAAAGGUCCGAGGAAGAUUCAAGUUGCUGGGAGAUGAAGGCAAAGUUCCAAAACAUAACAUUGUGGAACCAUGAUUCUCUUCCCUCAGAAAAUGAUGCUUCCUUGCGUGCCUUCCACCUAUUUUCUGUUGCAACAGCACUGCACCAACCAGUCAGUCUUGAAGACCUGGAAGCUGCAUCAAUCGAUCAAGAACUAGAGCUAUAAAUUGGCAAUAUGAGGAGAUAUAACCUCCACAAUGAGCAGUACAUUUUCGAGCUCGUUCAUGCUCUUUGCCAGUUUAUGGAAAGCACUCUUCAUUAUAUAUCUAUAGUAUCAGGACUCCAUUUAUCAUGUGUCUAGCAUGUACAAGCGCUAACAUAUUAACACAUGUAUUUCGUAUAUCUCAAAAAAUUCCCUUCGUUUCUUAAGAUUUUACAUUCUCUGAGUUAUAGUCAGAUUUAUACCCAUUUUAUGUGA